CCGAGUAUACAUUUUAUAAUGUUAGCAUUGCGGCUGAGAGUGAAAUCGCUAUCAGCAAAUUCAGUGAAAUAUCGAUUCUGACAUUGUUUGGACCUCAUAUAUAUGGACGGACCGAGCCUAAGAAUAGUCAAAGAGAAUGUCAAAAAUUUCACCAUCUCAUGCAGAGGAAAAAGUUACCCGACACCGCACGUAGUUUGGAAAAAGAACGGUACAUUAAUUCCUUCACGAGAAAAUAUCACGACAGUUGCUGGUGACUCUGUUUACCAGAUAAUUACGAAUUCAGGAUGGGAUGAGAAAACAAAAGCUUAUUUAGAAGUUACAAGUACGUUGUUUUUAAGAACAAAUGGAGUCAAGGAAGAAGAUCGUGGAAUAUACACAUGUGAAGUUUUAAAUGUCAAUGAAAGUAAUCAACCAUUGAGUAAAAGUGUGGAAAUACAAUUUCCUCCACGCAUAACAACACAUCUAAGCGAUACGAAAAUGAAUGAAAGUGGAAAUAUCACUCUUGUGUGUGAUGCUAAAGGUCCACCCAAACCUUCAUUUUUCUGGAGUAUUGUCAGAAAAAAUAUCAAAUUUGGAAAGAAGAUUAUCAAUGAAAAUGUCUUGGAACUAAGAGAUGUGACGAGUACUGGUAACUAUUAUUUCACAGUGAUAUGUAGAGCAUCCAGCAAAGCAGGAAAUGUUUCAACAAAUGCAACUGUAGAAAUUUUGGUAAAGCCCAGAAUUAUUCACCUGAAUUCAAGCCUUACCGCGGAAUUAUACAGCAACAUUGUGUUAAAGUGCGAAAUUUUGGCGAAUCCCUCGGCCCGGAUUUGGUGGACGGUAAAUGGUAUUAAUAAGACACAUCUCCGCAACAAUGUUCAGAUCUCGAAUGAUAGCAAAACUCUUAUUAUUACGAGAGCUGUACUAAAUAAUACUGGGAAAUAUUAUUGCCAUGCAAGGAACAGUUUAUCUUACACAAAUAAAAGUUUAACACUAGACUUUAAAGUACUGCCUAUAGCGUACAUCAUCGAUGGCAACUUAGUGAAGCUUAAACAAGGACAAAAGAACCGUAAUAUAACUUGUCUUGGUUAUGGUUAUCCCAAUACUAGAGCAACCUGGAAAUUCAACAACACAGUUAUCCCUGAGGAUCCCAAAUUAUCAAAAAGAAAUGGCAUGUAUCAGCGAAGAUCAACGAAUAACCAAGCUCUAGAAAAUGUCAGCAGUAUACUGUAUUUUAACCAAGCUGGGAGCACGUUUGACGAUUCUGGAAAUUACUCAUGUGAAGUUUCUAUACGAAAAGAUUCUAAAACUGACGUGAAGAUUGUGAGAGUUAUAUUCUACCCUAUUAUUUUGACUCCACCGAGCAAUAAAACAUCUUUGCAAGAUCGUAACGUACGUUUUGACUGCGAAGUUGAUGGUCGACCAUUUCCUCAAACAUCCUGGUUGUUCAAGAACCAAACUGUCUCUACCAACCACAGCACUUUCUUGUCCAAUGGCAGCUUGCUCUUAUAUUCUGUUCAAAAUAACGCAGAAUACGAAGGAAGUUAUUCAUGUUUUGCUAAAAAUGAAGCAGGUUCAAGUGAAAAGUCAAAUGCCUUCCUCACAGUCCAUGUUCCAACGAGAAUACUGAGCAUAUCAGAAACUAAAGUUCAUCAACUAAAUGACAGCGUAAUUUUAACAUGCAACGUAUCAGGUGAUCCACGACCAAAUAUCGCAUGGUCAAAAGCCAACUUCACAAAUCCUUUAAGACCUCCGAAGUUCAUUCUGUCAAAUGAUGACCAAUCACUGACAAUUGUAAAUGUGACGCUGCGAGAACAAGGAACGUAUUUUUGUGAGGCGAGAAAUAAAUAUGCGACCGUUAAAAGAAAUGUUGCUGUCAAUGUCGAAGUCCGUCCUGAAGCAAUUGUAAAUGUUUCAUCAGUCAUAUAUUUUACGAGUAUUAAAGAGCAAGUAAUCGUCCGUUGCGAAGGUAGAGGAUAUCCUACGCCAGUUGUCACAUGGUUCAGAGAUGAAAGAAUGGUAACUACAAACAGAUCAGUGACCCCGGGUGUUUACCAGCGUAUUGGUAACACUGAACCAAGUAAAUUUCUUGGGUGGAUCUCAGCGAUUCUUUAUGUCAAACCAGACGCGAGUCACGCUCAGUUUGGAAACUACACUUGCAAUGUAACAAAAUUGAAGGAUAGUCAGAAAGAUCUUAAAGAUGUUGAAAUAAUUCUGGUACCCAGUGUUUCUAUUACUAAAUCCCCAAACACAAGCACAGUUUUGCAGGGUACAAACGUCACAUUUAACUGCACAGCGAUUGGUGUUCCAAAACCCACUGUAACCUGGAGAGGAAGGAACACGACACUGGUACCCAGUGUUUUAGGAACAAGUGUUUUAACGUUAAAGAAUGUAACUAAUAAAGACGAGGGAAUGUAUGAAUGUUCUGCUCAUAAUAGAGGAAGCCCUGUGAAAAAGAAAAUUAAAUUGAUUGUCCAUGUUCGACCACAAAUACUGCAAGACCUAAAAGACGAUGACAUUGAAAAUGGUACUUCAUAUGUGCUCAACUGUAGCGCUUAUGGUGACCCCGAAUUGACAUACUCUUGGUUUUUCAAUGGCGAAAAGUCAAUCUCAAAUGCUGCCAAAAAUAAUACAAAAAGUUCUCUAUACAUCAAUCCAGUUACGAUCGAUAAUGAAGGAAUAUAUACAUGUAUGGUUUCAAAUAUUGAAGGAAAUAAGACAACAAAAGCGAAUAUUACUGUCUUUGCACGACCCAAAAUAUCUAAUUCUCCUGUGAAUCAAACUCACAAUGAGACUGAACGUGCAAUAUUUUCGUGCGGUGGUAGCGGAAUUCCUAUCCCUCGUGUUAUCUGGAGGAAAAAUAAUCGGUCAAUAUUGAACUCUUCAAGGAAUCUCGUGAUUAAUGAUGAUGGACCGUAUAACACCAUAAAAUCAUGGUUAAAAAUAAGUAAUCUAAGUUAUGCUGACAGAGGAGAAUAUUCCUGUGAAUUGAGAAACAGAAAAGAUGGGGAUAGAACAACAUCAGUUUUGGUUGUUUACGUUCGUCCUGUUGCAACGAUCACGGUUACUCCAAACACCAAACGUGUGAAGAUUGAAAAACCUGUCUUGUUUACCUGCACAGUUUAUGGUUUCCCUCGACCUCAAGUAUCAUGGAUGAAAAAUAAAGAACAAUUGACUAGAAACAACUCGCGCUACAGUAUUAGUUUUCCACAGAGAAAUAUUUCAAAUCUAAUUUCUUGGUUUAGUUAUCUCGAGAUUAAAAAUCUUACGCGAAAUGAUUCUGCAAAUUACAGCUGCUUUCUAAGAAAUGAUGCUGGAACAGACAUCGACCACGUUUCACUUGUUGUAUUAGUACUGCCUAUAGCGUACAUCAUCGAUGGCAACUUAGUGAAGCUUAGACAUGGACAAAAGAACCGUAGUAUAACUUGUCUUGGUUAUGGUUAUCCCAAUACUAAAGCAACCUGGAAAUUCAACAACACAGUUAUCCCUGAGGAUCCAAAAUUAUCAAUAAAGUAUGGCAUGUAUCAGCGAAGAUCAACGAAUAACCAAGCUCUAGAAAAUGUCAGCAGUAUACUGUAUUUUAACCAAGCUGGGAGCACGUUUGACGAUUCUGGAAAUUACACAUGUGAAGUUUCUAUAGGAAAAGAUUCAAAAACUGACUCGAAGAUCGUGAGAGUUAUAUUCUACCCUAUUAUUUUGACUCCACCGAGAAAUAAAACAUCUUUGCAAGAUCGUAACGUACGUUUUGACUGCGAAGUUGAUGGUCGACCAUUUCCUCAAACAUCCUGGUUGUUUAAGAACCAACCUGUCUCUACCAACCGCAGCACUUUCUUGUCCAAUGGCAGCUUACUCUUAUAUUCUGUUCAAAAUAACGCAGAAUACGAAGGACGUUAUUCAUGUUUUGCUAAAAAUGAAGCAGGUUCAAGUGAAAAGUCAAAUGCCUUCCUCACCGUCCAUGUCGCAACGAGAAUACUGAGCAUAUCAGAAACUAAAGUUCAUCAACUAGAUGACAGCGUAAUUUUAACAUGCAACGUAUCAGGUGAUCCACGACCAAACAUCGCAUGGUCAAAAGCCAACUUCACAAAUCCUUUGAUACCUCCGAAGUUCAUCCUGUCAAAUGAUGACCAAUCACUGACAAUUGUAAAUGUGACUCUCCGAGAACAAGGAACGUAUUUUUGUGAGGCGAGAAAUAAAUAUGCGACCGUCCAAAGAAAUGUUACUGUCAAUGUCGAAGUCCCAGCUUUCCUACAUGUGACGCCGAACAGUCCAAAUGUUUUUGAAAACAAUACUAUUAUUCUGUUUUGCAAUUGUGGUGGCUGUACCUUGCGGCCAUUUUGGUUAAAAAAUAGCCUGCCAAUCUAUUACAACGAAUCAGGAACUCCCUACAGUUUGUUGCCAAAUGGGAGUUUAGUCAUCAAAGCCUCGAGACAUACCAUCGGAAACUACAGCUGCGAAAUAAGAACGUCUAAUUGGGUCAGGUUAUCCAGGACAGUUAAGCUAGACGUAUGGUAUUUAAAUGCUUUUCAUGUAACUGGUGAUGAAAAUCCUUAUCGAGGAGAAAACAUCAGCCUGAGUUGUCAAGGAGACGGGAAUCCUUAUCCUUCGUUCACCUGGUACUUCAAUGGUCAACCACUUGAGCAAAAUUCUCGAAUAUUACUGGAGAAAAACCAGUUGAAUGUUUUCAAUGCAACGAUGAAUGAUAAUGGGGAAUACAAAUGUGUCGCGAACAACUACGCCGGCAGUGUUGGGCAUACAGUCUUUGUUGCGAUAAAAGAUAUUCCCAUUGUUGAAAUUUCGACAUAUUCACCCAAAUAUAUCCUUGUGGGGACAAUAGUUUAUCUCACAUGUCAAGGAGUGACGCCCAUUCAGUCUAUUCAUGACAUUCAGAUGAUGGAACUAGUUAAGGAUGGAAUUUCGUUUUAUAAAUGGCCGCUUAUGUCGAGAGUGCGUUAUACGAUACUUUUUACAGCAAGACAAAAUGACACAGGAAAAUACCAGUGCAAAGCAACUAUUGGUGCAGCAUCACGCUUCUCUACGCCCUUCUCCCUAAUAAUCGGCAUUCCUUCUGGACCCGUCGUUUUGAAAGGAGACCCGGAAACAAGUGCAACAGGAAUCAGGCUUUCAUGGCAUCCUAUCUCCAAGACGUUUUGGAAUGGAGAGGAAGUAUCCUUUAAAGUAAAUGUGUUUUCUGUGGAUCAUAUCUUGGAAAAAACACAAAUAACUAAAACAAACAGUGCAAUUAUCUCUGGUCUACGUCCUAAAACAGCAUAUAUUGUCAACAUCACUGGAAUUACAGUUUUUGGGCGUUUCAAAAAAAGUGCCGUGACUUCAGUGAAUACCAAAGAAAAUAAGAACAAUAUGAAAUACCAGCUGCAGAUACGAUUGACAGAUUAUAAAUUUUCAAACACAUUGUUGGAUGAAACUUCUAGUGAGCGGAAGAAGCUGAAAUAUGAACUGAAAAUUUCACUGAAUGAUAUAUUUGAAAAGUCCGCAAUUCGCUUUGAUUACAUAAGUUCAAGUGUGUCUAGAUUUGAAAAGGGAAGUGUAAUAGCGGCGAUUGUUGUCUCAUUGAGCAGUCAAUUUAAGGAAGAUCCAUCCAAACUUGUAAGCGAGUUAAACAAAGCCGACGCAAUCGCAGGGUACAAAUUUGACAAAUCAUAUACGAGAGAAGAAGAUUUUGAUGAAUGUGGGAAUUCAGGUUCCAAUACCUGCCAUGAAUACGCACAUUGUGAAAAUGUUCCUGGAACUUAUAUUUGUAACUGCUUCGAGGGAUUCUUUGGUGACGGAGAAAAGUGUCAAGGUCCUCCACAAAUUAGAUCAAAGUCAUCAAAUAUUACCCAGUUUGUUGAAACAAACGUCACCCUUGUUUGCACGGUGUUCGCCAAUCCUGAUCCCACCAUUUCUUGGAAACGUGCUGAUCGCGAUGGGAAGUUCACAGAAGUAAAAAAGACACGGAACAAGUAUGAUGGAAAUUAUUCCAUUUCAAAUGCGGGUUUAGAGGAUUCAGGAACAUAUUUAUGUUAUGCGUCGAACGAGCUUGGUCAUGACUCUUACACAACAACCGUAACAAUCAAACCAGUCAUUGUUGAUAUCGAUGUGGAGAUAAAGCUUUCUAACAAGACAUUCAAAGAAGAACUUAAGAAUAAGUCUUCUCCUGCUUAUAAAGAAUUAGAGGAAGACGUUUAUGUUGAGCUUUAUAAUUUCUUCAACAACACACCUGGGUUUGAAGACAUAGAAAUUCUUGGAUUCGUCAACGGAAGUGUCAAGGUAAUAUUUCGAGUCAUUGUCAAAGUUCUAAAACCAUCAAAAGAAUCAAACGAUGUUGUUGCAGUAAAGAUUGGCCGUAAAAUUAACAAGCAAUUAAAGACAGGUCGUAUUGGUAACAUACAAGUUGUCCCCGAUGCAAUAAAACUUAAAGUGCCACCUCCUCCACCAGCCAACGUUACAUCUUCCGAUGUUAAAGAAACAAGGGUUCAUAUUUACUGGGAACCUCCGGAACUUCAUGAGAUGUUUUCUAUCGAGAAAUAUUACAUCACUUAUUUAAAGUAUGGUUCGAAGAUCUGGUCUAAUAACACUAUCAAUGCUGAACAAUUAACCAAUACUCAAUUGGAUAACCUGGAGAGUGAUACGUUCUAUAUUAUAAUAAUAAUUGCUGAGAACGCGUAUGGUCUUGGUAAAGAAAGCAGCAGAAUAGAGAUUAAAACUAAAAAAGUGGAAGUUGUCUCACCGUGGCACUAUGUUGGUCCUAUAAUCGGUGUUGCUGGUGUUGUACUUCUGGUGGCGAUUAUCUUUGUUGUAAGACGUGUUUUACAUAGUCAUGCUUGGAAACUUUUAAAUGGAAAAUCCGAUCGGGACAAAACCGAUGGGAAAGCAUCUUUUCAAAUGAAAGAAAGCUUAAAUCAAAGUGAGAACAUUUACAUGAACGUAGCAUUUGAAAACACUUCGAUAACUCCAGCAUGGAAGGAGCUUCCAAGAACAUGGAUUGAAACAUCUAAUAAAAUAUUAACUUCCGGAGAUUUUGGCUACCACGUUGUACAAGGAACAUUCGUAAGUCCUCUUGAGAAAGAAAGAAAACCGUGCUCAGUUAAAAGAGUAAAAGAAAACACGAAAACGGAUGUUCUCUAUGAUCUACUGGAUGAAUUGAACAUUAUUUCUGCGAUUAGCAGUCAUGAAAAUAUUGUGAAUUUGAUUGGUGCUUGCACAAGUGAAAAUGGUCCUUUACUUUUGGUACUUGAAUUUUGCCCUCGUGGUACUCUUAAAAACAAUCUUAGCGAUAGCAAGAGGAAUGAGCAGUUGCUUAUGAAGAAGACAGGGAUAAAUUUAGCCAAUGAAAUUGCAAAAGGCAUGACACAUCUUUCAAAACUGGGGAUUGUUCAUCAUGAUCUGGCGGCCAAAAACAUUCUCUUGACCGAAGAUUUCACCCCGAAAAUUACCAACUUUGGUCUACCUCAUGAAUUGUAUGAACAAAGCUCGUACCACAAAAUUGCUCAGAAAAACGCUUCUAUUCGAUGGUUGGCCAUAGAAUCUCUUACUGAUGGACUGUACACAACAAAAAGUGAUGUGUGGUCGUUCGCUGUUGUCAUAUGGGAAAUUGAAACCAGUGGCUGCGUUCCAUACCCAGAACUUGAAGUAGAAGAUCUUGUUAGCCAAAUUCGUGAAGGAUAUCGUUUGUCUAAACCCGGAAAAUCAUCAAAUGAAACGUAUAAAUUGAUGCUUCAGUGUUGGGAAACCAACCCAGAUCACCGUCCAACAUUCCUUGAAAUUGUUGACAUCUUGGAAGAGAACCUUGAGAGUAAUAAGCUGAAUAAGACUUUCACUGAUGUCCCCUCUAAACAUUGGUAACUGAGCAGCGAUACCACAGCCACGGGUGGUGCCUACUGUGUUUGCCACGUUCAUAUUCCAAUCAGUAGUUUAUUGAUAUGAUUUAUACAUAUCAAUUUUUGACUAACUAUAUUUUAAGUGUAUCUGUAAAACUAUGGUAAAAGUAUAACAGUUGACCCAGUCACGACAUCAUACAAAAGCAGUACCAGACUACCAGUGCUAUUUA